AUGUCAGAUACCGCAGAAAAACCAAUUACAUGUAAAGCAGCUGUUGCUUGGGAACCAAAGAAGCCAUUAAGUAUUGAAACUAUUGAAGUUGCACCACCAAGAGCUCAUGAAGUCCGUAUUCAAAUUAUUGACACUGGUGUAUGUCAUACCGACGCUUAUACACUUUCAGGAGUAGACCCUGAAGGAGAUUUUCCAGUAAUUCUUGGACAUGAAGGAGCAGGUAUUGUUGAAAGUGUUGGAGAAGGAGUUACAAAUGUUAAACCAGGUGAUCAUGUUGUUGCAUUAUAUACACCAGAAUGUGGAGAAUGUAAAUUUUGUAAAAGUGGUAAAACUAAUUUAUGUGGUAAAAUUAGAGAAACUCAAGGUAAAGGAGUUAUGCCAGAUGGCUCUUCUAGAUUUACUUGUAAUGGUAAAACUUUAUUACAUUUUAUGGGUUGUUCAACUUUUUCACAAUAUACUGUUGUUGCUGAUAUUUCAGUUGUUAAAAUUAAUGAUAAAGCACCAUUUGAUAAAGCUUGUUUAUUAGGUUGUGGUAUUACCACUGGAUAUGGUGCUGCUACUAUUACUGCAAAUGUUCAAAAGGGAGAUAAUGUAGCUGUUUUUGGUGCUGGUUGUGUUGGUUUAUCAGUUGUACAAGGUUGUAAAGAAAGACAAUGUGCUAAAAUUAUUGUAGUUGAUAUUAGUGAUAAAAAGAAAGAAUGGGCAUUUAAAUUUGGAGCAACUGAUUUUGUAAAUCCAAAGAAUUUACCAGAAGGUACCACCAUAGUUCAAAAAUUAUUAGAAAUGACUGACGGUGGAUGUGAUUAUACUUUUGAUUGUACUGGUAAUGUUCAAGUUAUGAGAGAUGCAUUAGAAGCUUGUCAUAAAGGUUGGGGUGAAUCCAUUAUUAUUGGUGUUGCACCAGCUGGAAAAGAGAUUGCUACAAGACCAUUCCAAUUAGUUACUGGUAGAGUAUGGAGAGGUGCUGCAUUUGGUGGAGUUAAAGGUAGAUCACAAUUACCAGGAAUUGUUGAUGAUUAUUUAGAUGGAAAAUUAAAAGUUGAAGAAUUUGUUACUCAUAGACAUGAUUUGAAAGAUAUAAAUCAAGCUUUCGAAGAUAUGCAUGCUGGUGAUUGUAUCAGAGCUGUUGUUAAAUUAUAA